UGGGGCUUAUUUCUGAGCUAAAUAACCAGGCCGGGUCUGCGUGCGGUGUCUGCGUGUUCUAGGGCUGCGCUCCCGGCGCGGUGCGCGGCUCGCCGUCAGUCUCCGCAGCUUCCUGCAGGACUCCAUCAGAUCUUCCUCUCCGCUCUCUGCUCCGGACUCCCUGCAGCUCCUCGGUCGGCUGCAGGAACAUCUCGCCGCUUUUCUUGCGCCCCAUCCGGAGAGAUGUCAGACCUGGGCUCGGAUCAGAUCCGGACCGUGGAGCAGAACUGGAGCCGGGCCGAGCAGGACCAACCGGAGGCCUCGGUUCAUCAGUCGCACACCGUGUUCGUGAUCCUGGACUCGGCUGAAACUCUCAACUUGGUCCAGAUGGAGUCUGGGAUCGUAGCUGACAUUGAGGUCGACAGCUUGAUCCCCACGGAGAGCGAUACCUUCUACCAGAUCAAGAGUCAGCCAAUCAACAGCAGCUCCUCAGCAGCUUCCCCCUCCCCCUCAUCCUCAGCCUCACUUCCAUCAGUGAUGUCAUCCAGGGUUCUGAUGCGUCAAGGCUUGAUGCGUCAGCAGGCUCUGGAGGAGGAGCAGAAGGAGGCGCAGCAACAGCAGCACCGCUCCAGCGACGCCUCCACUCCCAUCAGCCUGGCUGUGACCUCCUCCAGCUCCCCUGCUCAGGUUCCUGUGGAGGUGCUGAAGGUGCAAACUCACCUGGAGAACCCCACCAGGUACCACAUCCAGCAGGCUCAGAAGCAGCAGGUCCGGCAGUACCUGUCCAACACUAUGACAGCCAAUCAGCAGCCAGCUGUGCAGCCAAGCCCCUCCCCCCAGCAGGACUCGGCCACCGACGUGUCCAUCGAGAGCAGCCCCAAGCAAGAGAUGGAGGAGACCGUCAUCGAUGACAUCAUCAGCCUGGAGUCGAGCCUAAACGAGGAUUUGCUGACGCUGAUUGACUCCGGCCUGCAGCUCACCAACACGCUGCCCGCAGCGGGGAACCUGCUGGACUUGUACGGCGGCACGGCCACGCCCACCAUCACCGUGAGCAACAGCUGCCCGGCCGAGCUGCACGCCGUCAAACGGGAGCGCACGGAUGUGGAGACCAAAGCUCUGCUGAAGGAGCGGCAGAAGAAGGACAACCACAACCUGAUCGAGCGGAGGCGGCGCUUCAACAUCAAUGACCGCAUCAAAGAGCUCGGAGCGCUGAUUCCUAAGUCCUCUGACCCGGAAACGAGGUGGAACAAGGGCACCAUCCUGAAGGCGUCGGUGGAUUACAUCCGCAAACUGCAGAAGGAACAGCAGAGAGCCAGAGAGAUGGAGGAGAGACAGAGGAGGCUGGAGAGCACCAACCAGUCGCUCCUGCUGCGCAUACAGGAGUUGGAGCUCCAGGCUCGCCUCCAUGGCCUCUCCUCUUCCUCCUCCACUUCCCCUCCACUCACCUCCUCCUCGUCUCCGUCUUUGGGCCCCAACACUCUUCUGUCUCCCCUGCUGCCCAACCCCUCCCUGAACUUCAUGGACCUGGAGGAGUCUCACGAGGCCACCCCCGUCUUCUCCCCGGACCUGAUGUCCGGCGUGGGGCUGCCAGAGCUGCACAGCCUGGGGGGCUUCCUGGUGGAGGAGGACGGAGGAGGAGCGGUCAUGUCCGACCCGCUGCUGUCCUGCGGAGCCUCCAAGACCAGCAGCCGGAGAAGCAGCUUCAGCAUGGAGGAGGACCUUUGAUGAUGUCACCACGGGCUGGUCUCCCAUUGGCUUCAGCAGGAGGCGGAGCCAAAGAUAAAAGAGAUUUGAUAGAACAGUUUUUAUUCUCAGUGUUGCUGCGGUAACAUCCGUGCUCAACUCAAAUGGAUACCAGGAGCUGAUUGGCUGUUAAAUAACGAGCUAUCAGCUGACUGGUUGAUUUCAGUGGUUAUGGAGGUGCAGCAGGUGAAUCCUCAGGUGUGUUACCACUAUAUGUGUACAAAGCUGUAAAUUCACAGAUAUCUCUAAUCAGUGAACGCUGGAAACAAACUAGAGUUUAUGAUUAAGUAGAGGAACCUGGAUCUGAUCGGGUUCAGAUUGGUAGCUUUUAUGUGUCCAUGUUUCAACGUCCUCCUGGAGACGAACCUUAAAACCGACAGAAGGGAAUAUAAAGGUCAGUUUUAGGACGAUGCAGUACUGGCAAACACUCCAGGUGUCUCUCUCUGUCGUCCAGGCCAUGUCCCGCCUUUGUUUCUGCAUCUUUUCAGGGCUUAAUCCUCAUAAAGCUUUGAUUGUUUGCAGUCACCCAGCUGGAGGAUCUUGUUUGAUCAGGUUUAGUUGGGAAGGCCAGAGCUCCUUCGGUUCUGCUCUAAGACAGAUGAUGAUUACUGAGGAACAGAACAGAAACAGGCUUGGUUCUAGAGAAAUCACAGCGAUGACAGACAAUCUGUGGAAGCAGACUGAAAGACACUAAACAUAACGGGAUGUUUUCCACAAGUGCUGGUGAAACCGUUUUUAAUCUGCCCUUUAUUUGGCAGCUGGUGAAAUGAAGAAAACAGCAGAUGAUAAAAAAAAACACUAAAGAUCCAGUGUCUCUUUAGCUUUGUGGAUGUGAAAUAUGAAACGCUUGGAUGGAUUUAGAUGAUUAGCAGUGACACUGGCGUUUAUUUCCUCUGAUAAGGACUCACCUGACCUCUUGCUCUUUGGUCUGCCAGCUGGUCUCCUGAAGACAAAAUGUCUCAGAGAUGAAUUUCAGUGUAGCAAAGCCUGAUUUACUAAAAAAGACUGGAUUAUUUUGAAAACUCAUCAUUUCAUGGACUGGAAUAAACGCCAUUGUCUACUGCUGUUCAUAUUUGUCAUCCCAGGAGCUGAAAAUGAAGCAAACUCUGUUUGUUUCUGCUGUUAGCUUCAUGUGUUAGCUGUACCUGCUAGCUUCACUUAUUAGCAUAACAUGCUAGCGUCACGUGUUAGCUUCACAUGUAAGCUUCAUGUGUUAGCUUUAACUGCUAGCUUCACUUUUUAGCAUCACAUGUUAGCUUCACAUGUAAGCUUCAUGUGUUAGCUUUACCUGCUAGCUUCACUUAUUAGCAUCACAUGUUAGCUUCACAUGUAAGCUUCAUGUGUUAGCUUUACCUGCUAGCUUCACUUAUUAGCAUAACAUGCUAGCGUCACGUGUUAGCUUCACAUGUAAGCUUCAUGUGUUAGCUUUAACUGCUAGCUUCACUUAUUAGCAUCACAUGUUAGCUUCACAUGUAAGCAUCACGUGUUAGCUUCACAUGUAAGCUUCAUGUGUUAGCUUUACUUGUUAGCUUUAUGUGUUAGCUUUACCUGCUAGCUUCACUUAUUAGCAUCACAUGUUAGCUUCACAUGUAAGCUUCAUGUGUUACCUUUACUUGUUAGCUUCAUGUGUUAGCUUUACCUGCUAGCUUCACUUAUUAGCAUCACGUGUUAGCGUCAUGUGUUAGCUUCACAUGUAAGCUUCAUGUGUUAGCUUUACCUGCUAGCUUCACUUAUUAGCAUCACGUGUUAGCUUCACAUGUAAGCUUCAUGUGUUAGCUUUACCUGCUAGCUUCACUUAUUAGCAUCACAUGUUAGCAUCACGUGUUAGCUUCACAUGUAAGCUUCAUGUGUUAGCUUUACCUGUUAGCUUCAUGUGUUAGCUUGGACGUGUAAAAGUAAAAAGUAAAGUAUGUCUGAUUCUGAUUAGCCUGUCAUCGCUGCUGGUUGUCGUCAUGAUCACCUGGAGUCAUUCAAAAAAAGGGAUUUCUGUUUCUUCCGUCUUUCAUGGCUCAUUUAUGUUAAUGAUUUUUACAAGUAGUCUGCUGUUUAUGAUCUCUGUUGAGCUUCUUUCUGUUUUUUUUAAACUGGAGUUUCACAGUCUGUUAUCUUUUAUAUUGAAUAAACAUUCAAACAGAAA